AUGGCUUGUCGAAUCCGUCGUACAUCUAUGGAACAUUUGGAAGUUUAUGAUUUAGAUAAAUUACACAAGAUCUUGUCAUCUAGAGAUCAUCACAAACCUCCACCGAUACCUCCAUCUCGUGAACACCGACAUCGAUUGCCACCACAAUUGACUUUUCAACGUUAUCAAUUUCUGUGCAAUAUGAAACGUCAUAAAACGGAUCCGAUUUAUGCAGCGACACCCAUGUUUACAACCAUUCCACAUUCGAUCUACGUUAGACCUCGUCGACAAUUACUUGGCUCAUAUAUUCCUGCACAUGUAAUUACACCUUUAAAUACUAAACUCAAUGAAUCAGACGACAUGAAAAGUCCUGCUUUGACUAACAAUUCGAAAGAAUACGAAAAUGAUGAUGAGAAAGAAGAAGGUGACGACCACGACGAUGAUGAUGAUGAUCGUGGUAGAGAUUCUGACAAUGACAACGAUGAUGACAAUGGAGAUGAUCAAUCAAGUAGUAGCAGUAGUUCCGAUGAUGAUGACGAUGAUGAUGAUGAGAUUCUUAAUGAUGGUGACGAUGAGCAUAUAACUGCGACCGAACAAAUAUUCAAUCGUGAUAAAAAGUAA